UUUGGGUGUGGAGCCUGAAUUGUGGGUAUUGUAGUCCUUUUGCCUUCCAGGCGUUCUGGUUGGGCAGCAUCCACGUCACAUUAGUGUGGAUUUGAGUCCCAGGUAGCUCUGUCAGGAGCAGUGCAGGUGUUCCCUGAUCCUGGAGACAGGUAUGUGUCUGAGAUGAAGAGAAUUGGACUCACUUCUGAAAAUGUGGCAAAAUGCUAAUCAGUGAAAGAGCCUGUUGCUGGCCAAGAGGAAUUGUUCCAAGUAGAUCUGAAGGAAAUUUGGUUGACAUGGAAGCCUUAAAACUCUCAAAAAAGCAUAAUAUUACAGCAUGCCAGGGUCUAGGCUCUCCUCAUAACUGUCUAGAAGCUUCUACUCACCGUGGUGAUAGUGCUGCCAAAGCUACAAAUCCAUUCUGGAAUGAGCUGUCUGCUUCGAACCCAUUUCUGGAUGACAUCACUCAGCUAAGAAAUAACCAAAAGAGAGAUAAUUUGUCCAUUCUGAAGGAAGAUCCUUUCCUUUUCUUAAGGCAAAUAGAAACAGGGAAUUCUUUUGAUUCCUCUGGUGAUGAACUUGACAUAGAUCAUGUACUUAGGCCAUCUUCCUCAAGGAAGUCAGGGAGAUCUAAGAGUGUUUCAGAACUCCUGGACAUGUUACAUGAUACAACACAUACUCAUCGAAAUACACAUAUCUCUGACCAGAUCCUAAUACAAGACUUAGAAUGGCUUCAAAAUGACCGAGAAGCAUACAAAAUGGCUUGGUUAAGUCACCGUCAGCUGGCCCGCUCUUGCCUAGAUCUGAAUAUGAUUAAUCAGAGUCCUGGGUGGGCUCAAACACAGAUUGCAGAGACCACCGCAGUUUGUAAAUUAAAUCAUGAAGGAGGGUCAGUCCAGUUACCUGACUCAGAUAUCACUGUUCAUGUACCCCAAGGACACAUAGCUGUAGGAGAAUUCCAGGAGGUAUCUCUGAGAGCAUUUAUGGAUCUCCCACCAAAGCUGAACCACGAUCACUCCUGUACUGUAAGCCCUCUGUUGGAAAUCAGGUUAAGCAACCUGAAGACCAUGGGAGCUAUUUUGUUGGAGAUGAAAAUUGGAGCAGAAGUGAAAACAGAUCCUCUCAGCCAAGUCAUGACAAAGCUGGUGUGUUUACACAGCCUGGGCAGAGAAGGCCCUUUCCAAGUCCUAAACAACUGCUAUUUCUACAAAGACACCAUCCAAGCAAAGUUUCUGGAUCUGAGUCAAGUAAUGUACAUAGUCAUAGCUGUACAAGCUGAGGCCAUUCAGCCGCCAGCUACUAGUGUUUGGGAUUAUAUUCACAAAACCACCUCCAUUGGAAUUUAUGGACCCAAAUAUAUCCAUCCAAGUUUUACUGCUGUUCUCACAGUUUGUGGACACAACUAUAUGCCAGGAAAGUUUACAGUCUCUGACAUUAAAAAGGGUGGAAAAAACACAUCUCCAGUAGUAUUUCAUCUCUGGGGGAAGCAUUCAUUUUUACUUGACAAGCCUCAAGAUUUAAUUAUUUCGGCUUUUUCAUGUGACCCUGAUUUUGAAGUAAAGGUUGAGAAAGAAAGGAAAAUAAUUACACAAAGGCAGUUGGAAGCAGGUGCGGUAGUUCAUCAACAAGUUUUCUUUUCUUCAGCUGACCACAGAGAAAUGCACUUGUUUGUUUUCCGGGUUCAUGUGGAGCCUCCCAACGGAAAACCAAUCACACAAUUCUUCGUCACUUCACCUGAUCCAGCCCCAAACCUAAAAAGGCUCUCACAUCUCCAGAACUAUUUCCAGAAGGAGAGAGAAGGCAAGAAAGUGCCUUUGUUAUCGACAGGGCUUGUUAACUACCCCACUUUCCAGGAUAAAAAAGUAAACUUUACCAAUUACGGGGUUACACUGAAGACAGUACUGAGGCAAAGUAAGAUUGAGUACUUACUUGAGUAUUUAAGGGGAGAUAUAAUUGCUCUUCUUGGAGAAGGCACUGUGAGAGCCAUUGGACAGUCCAAAGUGAAAGAAUGGUACGUAGGGGUACUCCGGGGUAAGAUUGGACUUGUGCACUGCAAAAAUGUCAAGGUGAUUUCCAAAGAACAAGUAAUGUCUAUGUCUGAUGAUAUUUUGACAACCAAGAAUCUUUUGGAGCAAAUUGCCUUGCCAUUUAAAAAUCUGACGUAUAUAUACUCUGUUGUAUUGACCCUUGUGUCAGAAAACAUUCAUGACUGGAAAAUUUUAGCUAAUGUCCUGGGCUACUCACAUCUGGCGCAGGAAGAUUUUGAUCAAAUUGAAGCAGACAAGGAGCCAGAAAGGGUUUCCUAUAUUGUUAAGAAGUUAAAGGAAGAUUGCCAUGAAGACAAAAGUACCAGGAAGUUUCUUUAUGAAGUGAUUGUGGCUCUGCUAAAGAUGGACUGUCAAGCAUUAGUGGCACGUCUUAUCCAAGAGGCUGUUAUUCUGACCUCAGCUGUUAAGCUUGGAAGAGGUUGGAGGGAACUUGCUGAAAAGUCUGCAGGACUCACUAAGCAUCAGAUGCAGGCAUAUGAAAUUCCUUACCGAGGAAAAUCUGGAAAUGUUUCAGCUGAGACGAUGUGGAAACCUGCCUAUGAUUUUCUCUAUGCAUGGAGCACUCACUAUGGAAAUAGCUACAGAGAUGUGUUACAAGACCUUCAAUCAGCUUUGGACAGAAUGAAAAACCCAGUCACCAAACGGUGGAGAGACUUAACUGGAACCUUAAUACUAGUAAAUUCUUUAGAGGUUUUGAGAGUAAGUGCUUUCACUACUUCUCAGGAAAUAUAGAGUGAGGCAGGUUUGGGGAGCAAGGACAAUGGUAAGGGGGAAAGUGUGUGUGUGUGUGUGUGUGUGUGAGAGAGAGAGAGAGAGAGAGAGAUAGAGAGAGAGAUAGAGACAGAGAGAGAGAGAGACAGAGAGAGACAGAGAAAGAGACAGACAGAGAGAGGAUGAACUCAUAAAGACGUCUUACUUCCUUUGUGUUUGGAAAACCAUAUUUUAUCUUGAGAAACAAAGCCUAGAACUCAUACCAAGGUUGGAUUUUUGUAAUUAAACAUCUUUUUGUAUGUAGUGCAAAAGUAAACAGUAAAAUGCUCUGUUACUGAGAAGGAAAGAAAAGUCCUCCUCUCUUCUUCAAUGUUCAUUCAGUUUUCUAAAGUUAAAACAUAUAAGUAUUUAAAUAAUAACAUCAAGAAGAUGCCUCAAUAAAUUGGAGGCUUUAACAUGGGUAGCUAUCAUGAGGCAGGGAAAUAGAAGCAGUGAAGACACUUUAACCCCUCAAAGGCUGCAUGUCUUCUAUACAGAUCUCCUGUAUUCUUCAGUUCAGUCAGACAGCAUUGCUCCCAUGUUCUGUGUGCAGAAAUCAAGGGUGGAAACAGGUCCACAAGGCUAGUGUAAAGUAGGUUUUCUGCCUUAAAAGACUAAUUCAAAUUUUUGAAAAAUCAUACCACAUAUCAGUAUAAUAAAAAGGGCAAGAAAUAAAAAUGCAUACUGAGAAAGUAAGUGUGCUCCUCUUUUUAACAUCUCUUGAAUACUUACUGGAAAAUAUGAUACUGUCAGAAAAACCGUCUUCAAACAUGAACUAAGAAUUUUCAUCAGCUUCCUUCAGCAUCUUGGGACUGUGUGUUAUCCUACCUAAUUUGAAGGUUUUUGUCCAUGAUCAGAAUGAAAAAUAAUUCUUUACCCAUCAGGAGUAUUUAAAAGUGUUAUUACAAAUAAUUACUAUCACCAAAACACUUUCAGUCCUAAAAUAUUGUGUAUGUGCUCACAUGAAGAUAUGCAUUCUUUGUCUCUGUCUCUGUCUGUGUGUGUGUGUGUGUGUGUGUGUGUGUGUGUUUCUGAAUAAAAAUGUCCAUUUGGCUAAAAACUAAAAGCACAAUCAUUUUAGAACUUUUAAUACUCCCACCCUAAGAUAUAUGAUAUGCUGGCAAAGGUAAUUUGAACUAGUGUUUAGAACAAUCUUAAAGGUGUUCACUAUUACUUGAUGAUAAAAUAACAGCCUGUCCAAGGGCUUAUAGGCAGAAUUUAUUUUAUUCAAGGACAGAAUUUAUUUUAGUUGAAUACAUUCAAAGAGAGGAAAGAAAAAAAAUAUCAUACAAUUUGUUAGCCUAGGGCACAAUGACUUGAAGUGGUGACUUUGCUUCCUUUACAACACUGUUGUUAUCUUAUUAAUGUGUCAGCAAACUUGAGAAUUUGGGGUAGGGAUAGCAGGGAUUUAAUUACCAGGUUUUUACAGGCAGCAAGGUCCAAGAAGACAGAGAGCUUGUAAGAUGAUCAAUGUAGUAAGAUUAACAACAACAACAACAUGUAUGAUAGUUGUGUAGCUUGGUCUUCUUAUGAGACUCUUACCAGUGGGAGCAGGGGCUGUCUCUGACUCUUGCUUCCUUUUAGGACCCUACUCCUAAAAGUCACCUUGUUCAUCCUUAAUAUGACAGGAGGUACUUAGUCUUAGUGCAACUUGAUACGCCAUGUUUUGUUGAUGUCCAUGAGAAGCCUUCCCUUUUCUAAAUAGAAACAGAGGAGUAGAGGAAUGGAUUGGUUUGGGCACAGAGGGGAGAUGUGUGUGUGAGCAAAUGAAGGAGAGAAGAGAGGUAAAACUUCAGUUGGGCUGUAAUAUAUAUGUGUGUGUGUAUGUAUUUAAAAUAUAUAAAUAUAGCAAAACUCUUUAGGUUUGUACCUUGUCAUGCUUUGAGAUUGUAGUUGGGAAUUUUAAGCAGAGUUUUGAAAAUGAAAACCAUCUCAGUAAUUGGAGUAUGGAAUAGUGGUUUAAAUAUUAACACACACAUAAAAUUAAUGAUCUCUUAUAUUCUUCCAGGGGAAUUUUAAACCCAUGUCCAAUCUGUCCUUUUAAAUUUGUUCUUAUAUAUUUUUAUAAAUUGUUCCCACUUUUCUGCAUUUUAUAAUUUCCUUGCUGUGAUGAAUUUUCCUAAUCAGAAUAGAUUAAUUCAGUAAGCACAAAUUGCCUUUCCUACUUGGCAGGAAGUCAAUGGAAUUAAUAAGGCUCUUACAGCCUCUCUUUGACAUCAUUAAAGUAUCAAAAGCUAUUAAUCUAAAACUUCUCCAAGCAUUGAAAAAAUGGAAAGAGAUUAGAUGGGCCUUUCAGUUCCUUAGGCUUUUCAUUUAAUGAUGCACAAAUUAGCAUGGGAUUCUAGUUCAUUGCCUAGCUCGAAAUGUGAACAAUUGUUCUUUGUAAUUCCCAGAUUCCUGGCGUCUUUCUUUAGAGGGCUUCACAUGAGUUCUUCAGUGAAUUCAUUCAACAGUGUGCCACUAACUUUAUACCAAACACAGAAACAGCACACUUUUAUGUCACGUAGCCAAUGCUGUGUAAGUUGUGUACUUGUAGUUAGGUAUGUAGAAUAAUGAAUCAAUGGAUGCCACUGAACUGAAAAGAAGUACAGGUUUGAAUAUGUGGCAUGGUUUGAAUAAGUAUGACCCCCAUAGACUCAUGUGUUUGAAUGCUUACCCAAUAGGGAGUGGCACUAUUAGGAGUAGGUGUGGCCUUGUUGAAGGAAGUAUGUCACUAUGGGGGUGGCUUUGAGGUCUUAUAUGCUCAAGGUAAGCCCAGUGUGGUACAAUUUCCUUCUGCUGCCUGCAGAUAACAAUGUAGAACUCUCAGAUUCUUUUUCAGCACUGUGUCUGCCUGAAUGCUGUCAUGCUUCUCACCAUGAAAAUAAUGGACUAAACCUCUGAAACUGUAAGCCAGUCCCAAUGAAGUGUUUUCUUUGAUAAGAGUUGCCAUGGUCAUGGUGCCUUCUCACACCAAUAGAAAUCUAUGUAAGACUUGAAUUUAUAGGCCAUACUGCUGUAUAUAAGGUAUUUGACCACUUUUUGAUGCCUAAGGAAUAUUUGAGGUAAUACAAGAGAAUAGUCAAAACUUUGGUCAGUGCAAGUUUCUGAAAUUAAAAUGAGUUAUCUACUGUUUGUACAAACACAAUUAAAUCCUCUUCAUGUAUAAACCAUUCAUCAUGUGCAGCUGUAUGAGACACUGGGAAAUGAUGAAUAGCUAUCUAACACAAAGACUAUAUAUUACCAUCAUGCUGAGUGGGAGAAUACAAAGAGAGUUAUCAGAAUAAAAUAACAUAUCAAA